AUGAAUAAUAAUAAAGUCUUGUUACUAUAAAAAAGACCUGAUGAAUCGUUUCCUUAAAAUAUGAAUUUCUUUGAAAUAUAAGAAUAAACUACACCUCAACUAAAUAAGGGAGAAAUUUUAAUUCGUGUGUUAUUUAUAGGAAUAGAUCCUGUAAUGAGAGUUUGGCUGUCUGGUGCAAAAACUUACAUAGAUUCUGUGUAAAUAGGUUAAGUGAUGCCAGCUUUUGGAGUAGGAUAAUGCAUUGAAAGUAAUGCUAAGAAUUGGAAUGUAGGUAAUUUUAAUAUUUUUAAAAUUUUGUAUAGGAUAAUUAGUGUUUGGAAUAUUAGAAUGUGCUUAAUAUUGUGUGAGGAAGAUAAACAAAUUAUUUAAGGUACCAUCAUUUGUUGAGAUUGGUGAUCCAAUAAUUCCUUUAACAUUAUCAAUGUAAAUAAAUUUGAAUUAAAUAUUAGUUAUGGUGUAACAGGUCUAACUGCUUUGAAUGCCAUGAAAUAAAUACCAGAAUCUAAUAGACCUAAUAAAGAAAAUUAAAAAACAUUAUGUGUUUCAUCAGCAGCUGGUUCAACAGGAUCAGUUGUUUGUUAAAUAGCAAAGAGAAUGGGAUAUAGAGUAAUUGGGAUUGUAAGUAGUCAAGAGAAAGUUCAAUUCUUAUAAGAACUUGGAGUUGAUGAAUGUGUUACGUAUAAUGAAUGUAAGCAUAAUGAAGAAAUAAAUGUGAAGUAAAUAUUCAGUUUUAAUAAAUUAGUUAAUUAACAAAAUUAAUUAAAUAAAAAUCAUCAUAAGGAAUAGAUGUUUAUUAUGAUAAUGCAGGAGAGGAAAUCUUAGAUGCAGUUAUUCCUACUAUUAAUAAAAAUGGAUAUGUAUUAUUAUGUGGAGCAACAUCUACAUAUAAUUCAUGGAAGUAAAGAUGUGGUUUAAAGAAUUUGGCAAUAGCUAUUUAAAAUUCAAUUAAAUUUGAAGGAAUAAUGUUUUUAAAUGAAAAACAAAAGAUGUAUGAUGGAUUUGCAGAAAUGGUUGAAAUGGUUAAUGAAGGAUUUAUUAAACAUUAAGAAGAAAUACUUUUAGGAAUUGAAUAAUUUGUUAUUGGACUCUAAAAUGUAUUCUUAGGUAAAAAUAAAGGGAAAACAAUUAUUCAAAUUUAUGAUAAUUAAUAUUAGUAAGCUAAAUUAUGA